ACGAUUAUUGGUCACGUGAUAUAUCAAUUUCUGACUCUCUACUCUCUCUCUCUCCCACAGAAGUCUGUCCGCUGCUGCAGUGUCUGAGCGCAGUGUUUCCGCAAGAUUGAGAAAAAUGUCUUUAUUUCGCAUAACAACGUCAAGAAUAACUGAGAGUCAUCAGAAAGUACUAUCUUCUCUCUCUGUGGUACUACGAGCAAUAUCUGCGGACUCCUCAACCGACCUGAAAGCUGUGCUCUCCAAGAAAGUUCCCGCAGAACAGGAAAGGAUAAAGGCCUUCCGGAAAAACUAUGGCGCUUCCAAAGUUGGAGAAGUUACCGUUGAAAUGAUGUACGGGGGCAUGCGAGGCAUCAAGGGGCUGGUGUGCGAGACGUCAGUGCUGGACCCGGACGAAGGCAUCAGGUUCCGGGGGUACUCCAUCCCCGAGUGCCAGAAGCUGCUGCCCAAGGCCCCUGGCGGGGAGGAGCCUCUCCCGGAGGGCCUGUUCUGGCUCCUCAUCACCGGGGACGUGCCCAACGAGGCCCAGGUGAAAGCUCUCUCCAAAGAGUGGGCGAAUCGAGCCAGCCUCCCGUCGCACGUGGUGACGAUGCUGAACAACUUCCCCUCGAACCUCCACCCCAUGUCGCAGUUCAGCUGUGCCGUCACCGCCCUCAACUCCGAGAGCAAGUUCGCCAAGGCCUACAGCGCGGGGGUGCACAAGUCCAAGUACUGGGAGGUGGUGUACGAGGAUGCCAUGGACCUGAUCGCGAAGGUGCCCGUGGUGGCGGCCACGAUAUACCGCAACACCUUCCGGGACGGCAAGGGCAUCGGGGCCGUGGACCCCACCAAGGACUGGAGCGCCAACUACACCCAGAUGCUGGGCUACGACAGUCCCGAGUUCACGGAGCUGAUGCGUCUCUACCUCACCAUCCACAGUGACCACGAAGGAGGCAACGUGAGCGCCCACGCUGUCCACCUGGUCGGCUCCGCGCUGUCGGACCCCUACCUCUCGUUCGCGGCCGGCCUCAACGGGCUGGCGGGGCCCCUCCAUGGCCUGGCCAACCAGGAGGUGUUGCAGUUCCUGAAGAAGAUGCAGGCGGCCCUCGGGGAGGCUCCCUCCGACGACAAGGUGAAGGAGUUCAUCUGGCAGACGCUGAAGAGCGGGCAGGUGGUGCCAGGGUUCGGCCACGCCGUGCUGAGGAAGACGGACCCCCGCUACACCUGCCAGCGCGAGUUCGCGCUCAAGCACCUCCCCAACGACCCCCUGUUCAAGCUGGUGGGCCAGGUGUACAGGAUCGUGCCACCGGUACUCUUGGAGACGGGCAAGGUGAAGAACCCCUGGCCCAACGUGGACGCCCACUCUGGCACACUCUUGCAGUAUUACGGCAUGACCGAGAUGAACUACUACACGGUGCUGUUCGGAGUGUCGAGGGCGCUGGGGGUCAUGGCGGGGCUCGUGUGGGACCGAGCCCUCGGCUUCCCCAUCGAGAGGCCCAAGUCGCUGUCGACGGACCUGCUCAUGAAGCAGGUGGCCGGGAAGUAGGCCCCCUCGUCGUCGCGACCAGCGGAACACAGGUCCCCCCCCGUCUCGGCGGCGGGCACUGUCGAGUGGAAACCGUAACGUAGAGGAACUGUUUAGGCGUGAUGUCAUCUUGUUCGGUCUGGUAGAGCCGAAUAUGGAAUUAUGCAUCACCGUUAAAACUUAAAAGCAUAUCUGUUUCACAUUUUCACGGCUUUUGUGCUUAAUUCUGUGAUAGUUUCGAGCUUCUUUAUCCUUUUAAAUGAAAAAAAAAAUUUAUGUAUAUCUUUUUUUUCCCCACUGUUGAAUUUCUGUUAUUUUAAUAGUAUAUCACUUUUUGUGUUAAGAAACGGGCACAUAAUUUAUUUGUUUUAAGUUUAUAUUUAUGUGUAUGAUGUAUUUUAAAAUGAGUCAGUGAUUUGUUACUAAAGGAUAUUGUUUUAUCUAAACUGAAGAAGAGAUGGCAGGAUUCUAGUUUUUUAAGUUUUCUGUUUUACGUAAACAGCUCUCUUCCUGUCACAAAUUUGUCAUAUCAGUGCCUGUACUUGUGAAGAUAAAACUUGUUUAGGAUUUUUUUUUUUUUUAAUUUUAUCUAAGACAAAAUUAACUACGUGUUGCAUAAGUUUUUGUUGACGGGAAUUUACUUUCAGGACUCUACUUAAAUGUUUUAAUAAUACAGCAUUGUCAGUUAGUCUAGGAUAAUGCCGCAGACAAUACCAUAUAUGUAUAUGUAAGUAAUAGUGAAUAAUGUUGACAGUACAAACAGUAAUUCUAUUUAUUUUUAAAUAGAUUCGUUGUAGCAUGCUAUUAAGCAUACGGUAUUUGUUUUAUGAGUAGAUAUCAACAACGUAGUUACCACGCAAUAUCAUGUUUCGUGACAGCAGUUUUUCUUGUAGGCUACAGUAUCGUUGAUUGUAAAUUAAACCGAGCACGUGGUGUUUGCUAGUAUUAACUGAGGCACUGGCCAUUAAGUGGUUCUUCGCGGCCACCUGUUUUAUGGUGGCAGGCUAACUGUGGCAGCGAGCAGUUGCCAUUUUAUUUAUGUGGUGGUGUGUUCGUGUGCGUGGGGAAGAAUGCAUGUAUGUACGUAUGUUGAAGAAAACACUUUAUUAUUUAUUUUUGAGAUUUUCUUGGAUGUGAUUUUUAGCACUUCCGCGAAGGGAAAUUUAUGUAUAAGAUUAACAGCAUUAUGCGUGCAGGAACAAAAGUAUUAAGUGUGAUAUUAAGGGUUUUUGGACAUUACACUCUAGUUGCAACUAUGUUUUGUUGAGCAAGUAACCAAACUUAAAUUUUGUCAAUAAAAUGACGAUUAGAACACUGA